UAUUUGAAGCCCGCGGUCAUUCGGCAUAGAUAUAAGGUGUACUACAAUCGCAUUUGUGUUACGACAUUUAACAGUGGAUGGGCUACUCUAGUUUCGUUUUAGUAAUCUACGAAGAUAAUGUAGGUUUGCCAUUAUUUUUAUACUGUCCAUAGUCAAUAUAUGUGUAUAUCAUUUGCCUAAUUUUAACGAUUGGCGAUUGCUAGAAAGCUUACCGGUGGUUCAGAUAGAUAGCACUAGCGGCAAACAUAAGACACACACAAGAAGCAUGGAGAGCAAGGUAGCGAGUGUUUUGCUUAAUAGGAGUAGUUGACUUUUAAUAUAACAUGGCAAGUAGCACGACAGACGAAAAACAGUCGAUCAGAGAAUCUGCGAAACAACCUAAAAAGUAUGGCAGCUUUUGUAAUCAUGUUAGCCGGCAAGAUAACUGUAUCAAACACAUAAUAGUGGAAGGCGAUACUCUGCAAGGAAUUGCUUUGAAAUACGGUGUAACUAUGGAGCAGAUUCGCCGACUUAACCGAUUAUGGGCAACAGACAGUCUCUUUCUUCGUGAAUAUUUGCUUAUACCAGUACCUGCAGACAAGGCUUUAUCAGCAAGCCAGUCAUCAACUGAUGUUAAUCCUGCAAGGUCACCAGGCUCUCCAGACAGCACUCACUCAGAAGAGAGAAGCAUCAAUGACUUUCUAGUUCAUAUUGACAAUUCCAUAGCAAACAUGAAAAGUCAAGUGAAGAAAACACAAGGAAAUAGUGAAUUCUGCAGUUCUUCUGAUGACGACAUGUUUGGCCGUAGAAGAACUGCGCGAUCCCGGCUUCGGCAGCAGCAGUUUGAAGCAUCCUCAGGGGUGACACCAAUGCAGGGUGCAACAGCAGUUCUUACAGCAUCUUCACAGUCGCACAAUGAUGUGCUGAGUAUGCCUCAAACUUUAGUAAUGACGCAAGGACGCAAAGUCCGUUCGUCGUUACAGAGGUUGCAGAAAGAACAAGAUGAAAUGUUUGAAUUGUAGCAUUUACUCUAUUCUAAUGAAUGUUAUGCAGUUCUUGCCUGUUAUACUGUACAGGUAGAUUGCAGACAGUACGGUGAGUUCUGGCCAACUCUCCUUUGUGACUGAUUGAGUAAUGCUCUUUCAGGAUGUGCUGACUUGCAUAAACCUCUGAUUGUGUUAUGCUAAAGGUCUAAUACAAGAGUUGAGAGUUAAUGUGUGUUUCGAGCCAACUGUGUUAGGUUUGGCUGAACAGAAGAAUAAAAUGAAAUUCAUUCAUCAUACAUAUCAUCUUAUUUAAACUUUCUAAUGAGUUAAUGUUUGUUACACAGUAUUUCGGAUAUGUACUGUGAUUCGGGUUUGGUAAAGUUGUAUUAAUAGUAAACCUACAUUGCUCUCAAAGCUACUUUUGCUUUCUUCCCUUUCAUGUUUUUAAUGCAAUUUAGUAUGACACAUUUGGAUUGCACACUUUUUCCAAAGCUUUAUAAAUUUCUUACUGUUUCCCUCAUUGUCAACGAUAAUUUCUGAGUAACUGUCUUCCACUGAAUCAGUUAUUAUGUAGUGAUAAACACUGCCUUUUCAAAAUGAUACAAAAAAGAUGUAACUUCUGAAAAUGGUUUCCGUUUAUUAAAAGGUAGCUUCUUUUGGCCUUUAUUUUAUGGGUUAACCUGUUAAUUGAUGGCUAUGGUCUGGUGAGGUUUUUUAUAUUCUCCAAAAGCUAUAUUUUGGAGUGAGUACAGUUCCUCAUUAUAUCGUAAACAAGAAGUGAUUCAAAAAUAAGAGCUGGGCCUCAAUAAAAUGGAUUAUUUUAAUUUUUCCUUAAAUAGAUUUAAAAGGCAAUUCUGUGGAUUUUAAAUAUGCCUUACUUUAGACAUACAGUCCUUAUUUUUGUGUGUAAAAUAACAAGAAUGUUCAUGUAAUUGUUUUAAAAGUUGCACACUGAAUUAAAAUAUUAUUUUUCAUAUUCAUCCCACCUACAUAUAAACAUUAGAGAGGAUUGUGGCAGUUACAGUUUGAAUAAUGCGUGGGAAAAUAUAUUGUUUUAUUUUGAUCUUGAUACGGUUUCUGAUAAAGUGUUAGUAAAAUUUGUGAACAUGCAGCUAUUCUUUGCAGUUAAGUGCAAUAAAAAAUAUAGGUAUGUACCUGAUAGAUAAGAAUAUUUUGUUUGCAUACAAGGUCUUUUCAUUACUGAUGAUACUUGGUGAGGAUGUUAAUUAUGGCUCCACUUAUUGAACAGAAUGUUGCCUUUGAGAGGCUGGUUAUGUAAUGUGAAUGUUGAAUUUAACAGAUCUUUCUCGUGUUAAAUGUCAUAACAAUUUUUUUCUUAACCUGUUAUUGUAAUAAGCAUGCUGCUACUAAGUAAACUUACCAUAAUAUUCAAACAACAAUACGGUUAACUGGUGAUUAAUGUAUUGUUGCAGCUAUACCAGGUGUGCAAUAAUCUAUUCAAAUGAGAUUGUUUUCAUUUCUUUAUGAUCAUUUGUUUGAGAACUAUGAUAAAAUAAUUGGACAAUGUACUUCAAAGUAAAAAAUAUAUGACAAGAAAUUCAUAUAUUUUGCCCAAUAUGCAUUCACUUUCCUGAAGUAAUGUGUAUCUAGGUGAGUUAGUGUAACAUGUUGAUACUUAAUGGGGAUGGUUGCUGGUAGUAUGACUCAGUACGUGUGCAUACAACAAGACAGUUAACUUAACUGAGUAACAUUGCUUCUUUGACUGUUUCAACAGUUUGUUGUAUUCACUAUAGAGUGCUGCUUUCAUUGCAUCGUAACUUGUGUUUACUGUUUAUUGAUGUAAAUACCUCCCUGGAGUAAAGUUCUAUUCCAAAUGAGUCUUGAAGAAAAGAAAUUCCUUUUCAUAUUAGUUCAGUGACUCAUUACACACAGCAUUUUAUACUGGUGUUUUAAGACAAUACCUAUCCUUGCGAUGGAAAUAAAAACAGAUUUUGCUAAAAUAAUGUCAUAGAAAAAGGCAUAAAGUACCUUAAAAAAACCAUAGUGAGAAUGUUGUUCAGUUAAUUCACCCUUUUUGCUAUGACUGGAAAUAAUCAUUGUAAAAGUGUGGUAAUGACAGAGCAGGAAGAGUUGCCCUUUUGGUUUCCUUACAUCCCUACCAAGAAAAAGCUAUGAUGGAACAAUCUUUAUUAAGAGUAGUUAAUUUAAAAGUUCUAUGUGUAAUCUGUACACACAAGUUAAAAUCACUUCCUUGCUGUGUCAGAAUUGUAAAAGUUAAUGUUUUCAUUGACGUUUCUGCAUUAAUUUCCAACUUGCCACAGCUGUUUCAUUAUUCCAGUUUUGAACAUGGGCUAGUUUACUACUGAAAACUUGCUCUCUUUAACUGUAAAACUGGUGUCUACUGAUAAGUCAGUCUGGGAUACCAGUAGCACAAAUAUUGCACUGUGAACUAAUUUGUUUAAAAAAGUACUUUCUAUCUUUCUUCCAGGGAGGUGGUUUUUCCCCAUUUGAUAAUUUGUUUUAUUAUAGGUUUGUUUUUUGUUGUGUGCAGUGUGAUCACAUUGGGACCGAAUGUUGCAAAUGUGGACAGUAAAAGUUAAUUUGUUUAUCCAGCAAGAUCUACACCCAUUUUGAAAACUAGUCAACCCUAGGGAAAAUGUGGAGGAAAAUUGUGAACCUAAAACAAGGUCUUGUUUGGCAAGUACUAUGUCACUGGCUACAUUAACCUACAUGUAUCAAAUCUAUUGUCCUCAAAGGAUAAAGGAUAAAUGAUUCAUGAAGUAAAGAAUGUCUGAAUAUUUGUGUAAAAUCUGUUAAUUAUAUGUAAAACAAGUUUACUGUAAUAAAAAGCAGUAGCUUGUGACAGAGGUGAUGGGGGAAAUGAGAAAUUUAUGGGCACUUCUCCACUCUUAACCUCUUCUUUCAUUCUGUUCUGCACAAGCCACCAUAACUUGAUUUUAAUGCUAUUCCCAAUCCAUGGGCAGCCUCUAAUACACACUCUUGCUCCCUUGGUCUUCUCUGUCCUGGUUGUAUACUUAUUCAUUUACAGCUUAGGUAUUAUCAAAAAAUGAAAAUAACAUAUGUACACCCGUAUGCUGUAGUUCCUGGGGCAAUUCCUGCCCUGCCCUUUCCCCCCUCCCCCCUCCAGGUUUUCAGUUCUCUCUAUCUUUAUGAAUUGCUUCUUAUUGGCUUCUUACGGAUGUAAGAGUUGGUAAGGUUGUGACCUAGUCAGAUAUCCUUCUACAGUAAUUGACGACUUCUGGUGUACUGCCGAGAUUCCUUUUUAUAAAGAGCAGGAUAAGGGAAAUGCGCAUUCAGUCUCUAGGCGUAUGUAAAAUUGUGUUAACGGCACUAAACAUGUUACAUUUUUUCUAAUUAAGUAUGAAAAUUUUAUGUAUAAAACAUUCUUUGCACAAUCAGGACAGCACAUCCCAUUUGUAUUGGUGUAAAGUUUCCUAAAAUACAUUUGACAACAUUUUUUUUGUUCCAUGUGUCAUAAUUGUACAUAAUGGGCCAUCGUUUUUAUAAAUGUAAGAUACUGGUGUAAAUAUGUACAGUAUUAUACAGUGUGUAAAUAUCAAGAAGUAGUUGUCAUUUGUUUGUAUCAAUUGUUAAUGUGAAGAAGUCAUAUGCAUGAAAUAUUUCUUGGUGUUCUCAUAGUUUAUCUUUGAAUUGAAUAAUUGUUGUGAAUGUUUAACAUGUGACUGUUGAUUGCCCUGCAGUAUUUGACAGGGAUGCUUAAACGUCCAGAUUUGCCAUAUCCACAAAUUGUUGAGUAUACAUUACAUAAUAAGAUUGUGAUAUUUGUUGAAAAUGUUGGCAUUGAAAAUUUCUGUGCAGUUUGAAUAUUUUUGUUUUAUAUAGUACAAUUAUUAUGGGUAUUAUACAGGAAAAGAUGGGACCAGAAUGUAAGCUGUUAAGAAUGUGUUGCUCUUGAAUCACAUAUCAUCUUUACAGCUUCUCAUCUGUAAGAAAGGUUUGAUUUUUUUAUAACGUGAUAGUAUUAGAUAGAGCCUAUGUCAAAAAUUCUUCUAUAUAAUUUGCUUCAGAAAUAGAGAUUAUGGUCAUUGUUUUCAACCAUUCUGGGAAAAAAUGUAUUGCAGAAAUAUAGUUCUGGAUUUAAUUUGUUCACUUUAUUGUACAGUAUCUUCACGGACAAUUGGUGGAAAGCUUGUUGAUUUGGUUAUCUACAAGGAAAAACUUUUUUAAGUUGUCUGUUUUUUGACAAUGGUUUGAUGCUAUUUUAUUUGAAACAAACACCACCUGUAAUCUUUUUGUUGCCACUACAAUUAUUCCCAUCUGAUGCUCCUUAUAGUACCAGGCUAUCUGAUUUCUAGAUGCUUUAAUGGAUAUCCCAUAAUCCGACCCUCAUCCUAAUAAAAUUUUUCCUUGCAUUUAUUCAUCAUCUAUUUUUUUUUUCCUUCAGUAACUCUAUUUUGUAGUUUAUCUGCCCACUUAAUUUAUAACCUUCUUGGGUAACACCACAUUUUGAAUGACUAGAGAUUCUUUCCUAGAUUCCGGUGGGCUGUGUUUCAUUGCUAUAAUUUAUGUUCUAGACACAAACAUUCCAAGAAUUUUCUAUCAGCCGUAGGCCUUCAUUAUUGCAAAAAACUAUGUUCACCUGUGUCAAUUUACUUAGAUAUCUUCCUUCCUUCGGGGUGAACUUGGAAUAUAUGGGACAGCAAACAAUGAGCAUAUGUUUUUAAACAUUUUACGUAACGGAAAUGCAAAGUCAAUAAAACUGUUUACCUGCAUUACAA